GCGAGUGGAAGAUCCACGUCACCUACGAGGGCCAGCACAUCCAGGGCUCGCCCUUCAACUGCUUCGUCUAUGAUCCGCACGCCGUCCGGGUGGGCGAACUGGAGGGCACGGAGCCGGACCGGCCGUUCACGUUCAUGGUGGACGCGCGGGACGCCGGCUGGGGGGAAGCCAGGACGGACAUCGUGUGGGAGGCGCGCUCACUGCCGCACACGCUGACCGAGAUCGAGAAGGACUUGUACCGCGUCACCGUCACGCCCCCCGACUACGGAAAGUACCGCGUGUACAUCUACUUCAACGGCAUCGAGGUCAAAGGUAACCCAUUCAAGCUGCGCGUGGACAAGAACGGCAAGCACUCCAUCACCAAGCGGUCGAUGAACUCGACGGUGAACGCCAGCCGCCUGAACGAGCUGAACAGCCGGCUGAAGGCGUCGCCACCGCCGCGCGUCAAGAGCCCCGAGGAGGACAUCCAGUGGAUGCGCUCCACGCUGGAGGAGAUGAAAAAUCAUCAGGUGAUUCGGGCCGCUGACCACCAGGACAAGAGGCUGGCUAUCGAACAAGUCACCAACAACACCCUGAACAACACCAGCAUUGAGGAGUGGAACAGCAGGGACAUUCGCUCCCGGAGCCGCUCCGCCCUCGACGACCUGCCCUAUGACCCGGACGCCCAUAUCAAGCACAUCAUCAAAUCAGCACGGCCGGACUUCGACCCGUCGUCGGCAGAGAAGAUCCACGUGCCGAGGGCGGACCGCGACACCCUGGACCGCUCCGGACUGGACCGGUCCACCAUCGACCGGUCCACCAUCGACCGUUCCACCGUCGAUCGGUCCACCGUGGACCGGUCCACCGUCGAGCGGUCCGAGAAGGUCGAGAGAUACACUGAUUCGCUCACUCGUCUUGAAGAGCAGGUGCAGUCCAGCUCGUCCUCGCGACUGCUGCAGUCCUCCUCGGACCGGCUGCUGCAGUCCUCCUCUGGCCGGCUGCCCCACUCUUCCGACAUCACCACCACGCACGGUGACGUCACGGUGCGCGGUGCCGGCCUGCGCACGACGCCCGUGUCGCGGCCGGCGGAGUUCACCGUCACGGCGCCGCGCGGCACGGCCAAGGCCGACCUUCAGGUCACCAUACGAGACCCAUCAGACCGUCGCGUCCCCUGCAGCAUCAGCAAAACCGGCGACGACUUCCUCGUCAAAUACCUGCCCCAGACGGUGGGGGACCACGAGAUCGACAUUCUGCUGCGCGGGGAGCCGAUCCCCGGCUCGCCGCUGGGCAGCAGCGUCUACAACACGUCCCAGAUCAGCGUGGCCAGCAUCCCGGACGGCACGGUCGGCCGGCCCGUCCAGUUCGAGAUUGAUGGUUCCAGAGCCGGCGCCGGUAACCUGGAGAUCCUGGUGAACGGCGGUCACGUGACGUCCUACGUCAAGGACCUGGGCCAGCAGCGCUUCAUGGCUUCGUUCGUGCCCCACCACGCCAUGAAGCACAUGAUCGAGAUGAAGUUCAACGACGAGGACGUGCCAGGCUCGCCUUGGGAGGUGGAGGUGGCCGCCAUGGACGCUGCCGGCGGUCUGCAGGUGCUGGGCGAGCACCUCAAACACUUUCCGGCGUCCAAGCCAGCCUCCAUUGACAUCUCGGCGCCGGGCAGGAGCAAGGCGGACCUCUCUGUCGACGUUGUCGGCCCGUCCAAACGGACGGUACCGUUCACACUGACAGAGACGUCCAGUGGGAUCUUCAAGUGUCAAUUCUCCGCCUCCGAGGUGGGGAGUCACGUGAUCAACGUCAAUGUCGACGGACAGCCGAUUCCGGGCAGCCCGUUCGUAUCUAAAGCAUACAACGCCGGCCUGAUCCGCGUGUCGGACGUUCCCACGGGAGUGGUGGGCCAGACCUGCCAGUUCAGAGUGGACGCCAGCCAAGCCGGCGAGGGCCAGCUGGAGAUCUCCAUCAACGACGGCGAGGUGCCGAACCACGUGCAGGUGCUGGGCGGCGGCCGCUGCCUGGUCACCUUCACGCCCGAGAUGCCCAAGACGCACACGAUCGACAUCAAGUUCAACGGCGAGCCGGUGCCCGGCUGCCCGUUCGUGUGCCGCGUGCAGGGCAGCUCGCGCGUGACGGUCAACCUGCGGCACCUGGAGCUGCUGCCCGUGCAGCAGCCGGCCAGCUUCCUCAUCCACAUCGACGGCGGAGGCAACGCCGAGCUGGCCGUGUCGGUGCGCGGCCCGGCCCACUCGACCCUGCCGGUCAAGGUCACCGGCAACGUGCGCAGCGGCUUCACGGCCGAGUUCACGCCGCUGGAGGUGGGCGCGCACACGGUGCUGGUCGAGUACAACGGCGCGCCCGUCAGCGGCACGCCCUUCACCUGCAAGGUGUACGACACGGGCCGUGUCACCGUCACCAGCAUGCCGAAGGGCGCCAUCGGCAAGAGCCUGCAGUUCACAGUGGACGCCAGCGAGGCCGGGGAGGGCAACCUGGAGAUAUCGAUCAGCGCCGGGGGACGCAACAUCCCCACCCAGGUGCACCCGCAGGGCUCGGCCCGCUUCGGGGUCAGCUUCGUGCCCCUGGAGCCGGUCGACCACACCAUCAACAUCUCCUUCAACAAGGAGCCCAUCCCCGGUACGUGGCGCGGCGCUCCGCCGUUCAUGGCGCACGUACAGUCCGAUCCGAACCACAUCGUGGUGAAAGGCGCGUCUCUCGCCUCGACUUGCUGGGGCAAGUCGUCGUAUUUCACGCUGAGCAAUGUCUCUGGAAACGUCGAAGAGGUCGAGGUCAACGUCGAUGGCCCCACCGGGCUGGCCGUGCCGACCCAAGUCAAGGAUGACGGAGACGGCGGCCUGACUGGAUUCAGUCCGCGGCUGGCCGGCGAGCACCGCAUCCACGUGGCGUUCGUCGGCUCGCCCAUUCCCGGCAGCCCGUUCGCCUGCAAGGUGUAUGACGUCAGCGCCAUCAAGGUCAAGGAGGUCACCAAGGGCGUGGUCGGCCGACCCGUCACCUUCAUCGUGGAGACGAUGAACGCCGGGCCGGGUAACCUGGAGGUGACGGUCAACAACGGCCAGGUGCCGACGUCGGCCCAGUCGCAGGGCCAGCACAAGUACGCCAUCUCGUUCACGCCCAAGGAGGCCAAGCUGCACCAAGUGGAGCUGAAGUUUAACGGCGAGAACGUGCCAGGCUCGCCGUUCAACUGUGCCGUGAUGGACGCGUCCCAGGUGGCCGUGUCCGGCGCCGGCGUCGGCAAGGUGCCCGUCGGACGCCAGACCUGCUUCAACAUCGACACCCAGGGCACGCACGAGCUGGCCGACCUGGCGGUCACCAUCCUGUCACCACUGCGGCGCCCUGUCACGGCCGAAGUGUGGAGCGUGGACGAACACCGUGCCAUGGUGGAGUACACGCCCACCGAAGUCGGUGAUCACAGCGUCGAGGUUCGCCUUGGGGGUAUGCUGAUCCCCGGCGCGCCGUUUGUGGUCAAGGCGUACGACGUGAACAAGGUCAAGGUGACGGACGUGCAGAACGGCGUGGUCGGCAAGCCCGUCUACUUCUGCAUCGACGCCAGCCAAGCGGGCGCCGGCAACCUGGAGAUCAUCGUGUCCGUGCACGGCCGCAACGUGCCCAACUACGUCCAGUCGGAGGGCAACGCGCGCUUCCGGGUCAACUUCAAGCCCCAGGAGUCGGCCAACCACAUCCUGAGCGUGCGCUUCAACGGCGAGCCGGUGCCCGGCUCGCCCUUCACCUGCAAGAUCACGGACUCCUCGCAGGUGGUCGUUUCGGGCCAGUCGCUGAAGAUGUCGCCGCUGUCGCGGCCGGCCAUCUUUACCGUGGACCCGCGCGGCGUGACCGUCACCGAGUGCGUCGUCACAGUGACGUCGCCGGCGGGGGCGUCGGUGCCGGUGCGGCUGCAGCAGGGCGCCAGCGGCCGGUACAGCGCCGAGUUCCAGCCGGCAGAGGUCGGGCCCCACACCGUCAGCGUCGUCAUGGACGGCGAGCCCGUCGGCGGCUCGCCCUUCACCUGUAACAUCUACGACGUCGGCCGCGUGGUGGUCACCGGCCUGGAGAACACCAAGGUGGGCCGGCCGGUGACCUUCACUGUCGACGCGUCCCACGCCGGCGAGGGCACACUCGAGCUGGUCGUCACCACCGGCAAGGCCACCGUGCGCGCCGAGGUGGCCGCCCGCAGCCGUGGCCUGUAUGACGUCACAUUCGUGGCCCAGGAGGCCAUUCCACACUUCGUGAACGUCACAUUCAACGAAGAGGACGUGCCAGGGAGCCCGUUCAAGUGUGACGUGCGCGAGCUGGACGCGCGCGAGAUGCGCCACAUCCAGCGCAAGGAGAGCAAGAUGGUGACGGCACGCGGCGACGGGCUCAAGCAGGUGGUCAGCGGCAGCUGGGCCACCUUCGACGUCGACGCCAAGGGCAUGGAGGGCGAGGUGGAGGUCAAGAUCGUCGGGCCGCAAGGCAGCGAGGUGCCGAGCCGGCUGACGCGGCUCAAGUCGGGCCUGUACCGGGCCGAGUACCGGGCGGCCGAGGUGGGCGCCUACACCGUCUCCGUCUACCACGGCGGCCAGACCAUCAGCAAGCAGCCCUACGUGGUGGAGGUGGCCGACCCCAACCGGGUGCGGCUGCGGCCGGGCGAGCCGGCCGCCGCCGGACGCGAGGCCGUCCUCAAAGUGGACGCGUCGCAGGCGGGCCGCGGCACGCUGUCCGUCUCGGUGCGCGCCGCCGGCCAGGAGGUCAAACACUCGAUCCGGGACCUGGGCGCCGGCCAGUACGAGGUCAUCUUCACGCCCAAGGUGGCCAUCCCACACAAGGUGGACGUCAAGUACAACAGUGUGCCUGUCUCCGGCUGUCCGGUGGAGAUGGAGGUGCGAAACCCGGCCCAGGGCAAGUCCAUCACGGCCUCCGGGCUCGGUCUGCACCAGUCGCGCGCCAGCAAGCCCACCUCGUUCGUGCUGGAGACGCUGGGCCACGCCGGCAAGGAGUUCGACGUGGUGGUGACGUCUCCGGGCGGCGCCGCCGUCCCCGUCAAGUGCUACCAGCAGAAGGACGGCAACAUGCUGGUGGAGUUCGUGCCCGGCGUGGCCGGCCCGUACACGGUGGAGGUGCUGCACGACCUGAAGCCCAUCCGCGGCUCGCCCUUCACCUGCCAGACGUACGACGCCUCCAAGGUGGUCAUCGACGAGCUCAAGGCCAAACAGUUCAGCAUCAACGAGAAGAUCACCGUCAACCUGAGCCGGCAGAGCGCAGGCCUGGCCGAGCUUGACGUCACGGUGACGUCACCGCUGGGCAAGAACCUGCCAAUUGACGUGACGGCCACGAACGAGGACGGCGAAGCGAUCGAGUUUCUGCCGACCGUGCCGGGCCGCUACAAGCUGGCCAUCACCUACGGCGGAGAGGAGGUGCCCGGCUCGCCGCUGACGUUCGUGGUGGAGGAGGAGGGCAUGGCGCGCGUGUUCGGCGACGGCCUGGCGUGCGGCCAGCUCGGCCAGCCGGCCACCUUCAAGCUGGACGCCGUCGGCCUGAUGGGCGAGCCGCAGGUGCAGGUGGACGGGCCGGACAGCGUGGCCAAGACCAGCGUCGAGGAGGAGGCGCCCGGCCGCUACCUGGUCACCUACACACCGCGCGAGGUCGGCCUCUUCGACGUGCGCGUCCUCUGGAACGGCCGCGAGGUGCCCGGCUCGCCCUUCCACCCCAAGGUCAUCGACCCCAGGAAGGUGCGCGUGAUCGGCGGCUGGGAGAGCCAGCAGGACCGCGAGGGACGGCUCGAGCUCUCGGUCGCCGAGGAGAAGAAGCUGGUGUUCGACGUGGCCGAGGCCGGACCCGGCAAGCUGCGCGGUGAGGUCCGCAGCGGCAGCAACGCCACCAUCCCGUGCCGCGUCGACCAGCCGUCGGCCUCGCGCUCCCGCGUCUCGUUCGUGCCCCAGGAGGCCGGUCAGCACCUGCUCUACCUCUACUGGAACGACCUGGCGCUGCCCGGCUCGCCCUUCCUCGCGUUCGCGGACACGAUGAGCUCGUCGUCGGACAGCUCGCGGGUGGUGCUGCGCGGUCACGGCCUGGCCAACGCCCGCUGCGGCGAGGAGGCCGAGUUCACCAUCGACGGCUCGCAGGCGGGGCCCGGGUCGCCCGAGGUCACCAUGAGCGGCGUCAAGGUCGACAUCAACGUCCACCUGCACCACACCGGCAACAACAUCUACCGGGCUGCCUACACGCCGUCCGUGGCCGGCGCCUACCUGCUCAACGUCGCCUGGUCGGGCAGGCAAAUCAAGGGCUGCCCGCUGAAGGUGACGGUGGCGGCGGUGGCCGACGCCAGCCGCGUCAUCUGCACCGGCGAUGGCCUGCGCGGCGGCGUGGUCGGCCACGAGAUCAAGUCGUUCCUGGACACGCGCCGCGCAGGGCCCGGCGAGCUCUCCGCCCACUGCGUCGGCCCGCACAAGACGGCCUUCUCCGAGCUGUACGACCACCAGGACGGCACGUUCAGCCUCAACCUCAAGCCGCAGGAGCCGGGACGCCAUCAGCUCAUCAUCAAAUACGGCGGCGAGCAUGUGCCGGGCAGCCCGUUCACGCUGCGCAUCGCUGGCCCGCCGGACGCCAGCAAGGUGCGCGUCUACGGGCCGGGCGUGGAGCCGGGCGUGCUCUCGCUCUACCAGUCGCGCUUCAUGUGCGACACGCGCGGCGCCGGCGCCGGCCAGCUGACCGUCCGCAUCCGCGGCCCCAAAGCUGCCUUCCGUGUGGAGAUGCAGCGCGAAUCUCAGAAGGACCGCAUCAUCCUCUGCAAGUACGACCCGACAGAGCCGGGCGACUACAGGAUAGAGGUGAAGUGGUCCGGCGACCACGUGCCCGGCAGUCCCUUCAACGUGGCCAUCUUCGACACCCAGGAGGAGCUCAAUCGAUACCUCCAUGGUGGAUAUUCUCCCGGUUCCAACAAGCUGGGCCCCGGCUCGGAAUUCUACGGAUCAAUAUACGGCGGCUAUGGCGGUCAAAUGUCGUGGAGAGGCUCUCAGGUGCAGCUGUAACAACUAGCGCCAUCGGGCGGCUAAGCGAGAAACCUGUGCUUAUGGAGUCGAUCCGCAAUGCCGUGGCGGGGCGAACACCAAAAGUUUUAAACUAUCGGUAACGGCUAGAUUAUGAUGUACAUUUUAAAAGUAGCACUCUGAGACAUUUUUGUGUGCAUGGGCGCCGAUGACCAGUGGAUAUUGGUGGUUAUUUAAAUAUGAAUACAUUCCAUUGCUGCUCAGCACCCUCCACCGUCAUAUGCUUUCCUUAUGGUCGGAGCAUGUACCAGUGCGAAGUAACAUAUUAUGCAUGCCAAUGUAAUAUAUAGCGAUCGGCGUUUGACUAGACGUUUCUUAAAAGUGAUGAGAUUUAGGCUCUUGGCCCUUCUUCAUGGACCACGUGCGGCCUGGGUAACACGAGUCCGUCCAAUUGUGCGGCUACUUUACUGCAGUCGCCCACUGAACAUGGCGUAAACAUUGUUUGGAUGCGUAUGACUAAUGAUCGUUACUGCGCCCUUGUGUGUGUUCAUGCGUUGUCACAGCUCUCCCAGUGUCAGAGGUACGCUGUCGACACCUGGUGGUGACCUGCGUAGUUAAGACUGACCUGGUUGUUCGAAUAUGACAACUAACAGCAGCUUUGCGCUAAUUCGUCCUUGUAACAAAUACAGAACGACCGCUUAUC